AUGAAAUCCUUCAUCAUGCUUUGUGCCCUAGCGGCUAGUGCGAUGGGAGUACCGACGGCUCAUAAAUAUCAAUUGCAUGAGCGUCGUGAUUUCAUCCCAAAAUCCUGGGUUGAAGGCAAGGAGCUCGAUGGAAAUGUGUUACUACCUGUGAGAAUCGGGUUGACCCAGUCUAACCUAGACUAUGGCCAUGAGCUACUUAUGGAUUUGUCUAACCCCUACUCGAGGCGCUACGGACAGCAUCUGUCCACCGAUGAAGUGCACGACCUGUUUGCUCCCACUGAAAAGAGCGUGAAUGAUGUCCGUUCUUGGUUGGAGUCGGCCGGUAUUGCAAAAGACCGCAUCACGCAGUCAACGAACAAGCAAUGGAUUCAGUUUGACGCCAAUACCGAGGAGCUCGAGAAUUUGCUGCACACAAAGUACUAUGUCUACUCACAUGCUGAAACGGGUCGAUCUCACGUGGCCUGUCGCGAAUAUCAUCUCCCGAACUCUGUACGUGAGCACGUCGACUAUAUCACUCCUGGAAUUUCUCUGCGGGAGGUGACUGGCGUCCGGAGAUCGGCCGACAAACAGAAACGCUUUGUGGGUGGGGUUUCUCCUAUCCUUGAGCCGAUUCUCCUACCAAUUGAGAAGCUGCUGAGUGAGGUUUCGUCCUUUUGCUCUCAAGCAAUUACACCCCAAUGCAUUCAACAGAUGUACAACAUCAGCGAGGGCCACUCUGCCACCAAAGGAAAUGAGCUGGGAAUCUUCGAAAGCAUUGGGGAUGUCUACGCCCAAGAAGAUUUAAAUUUGUUCUUCCUGAACUUGUACUCGAAAAUCCCUCACGGUACACACCCAGCUCUCAAGUCAGUUGAUGGCGGUAAGGCUCCUACAGACCUUUCCAAUGCUGGGGCUGAAUCCGAUCUGGACUUCCAAAUCUCCUACCCCAUCAUCUGGCCACAGAACUCCAUCCUUUUCCAAACCGAUGAUAUGAAUUACGAGAAUAACUACACCUUCAGUGGCUUCCUCAACACUUUCUUGGAUGCUAUUGAUGGCUCGUAUUGCAGUACCAUCUCGCCUUUGGACCCUCCAUACCCCGAUCCGGCAGACGGAGGCUACAAGGGCUCCCUACAAUGUGGCGUGUACGACCCACCCAAGGUCAUCUCGAUUUCCUACGGCUCCGCUGAAGCAGAUCUCCCCAUUUCCUACCAGCGACGACAAUGCGCUGAGUUUAUGAAGCUGGGUACAAUGGGAGUUUCAGUGGUGGUCGCUUCGGGUGAUUCGGGUGUGGCUGGACGUGGAGGUGACCCAACCCCCAGCAACUGUCUUGGCCCAAAUGGCAGAAUCUUUGCUCCAGAUUUCCCUGCCUCCUGCCCAUACCUUACUGCGGUGGGAGCUACUGAAAUCCCCACGGGUUCCUCGCCAGGAGAUCACAAGGAGCAAGCCGUGACUAGGUUCCCGUCAGGCGGUGGUUUUAGCAACAUUUACAAGGCGCCUGAUUAUCAGGCCCAGGCUGUUGCCGAUUACUUUGACAAGGCCAAGCUCUCAUACCCAUACUAUGAGAGCGUGGACAACAGCAGCUUCGGUGAGAAUAACGGUAUCUACAACCGGAUCGGACGUGCUUAUCCAGAUGUUUCUGCUGUUGGGGACAAAGUCGUCAUCUAUAACACAGGAAAGGCCGUGUCGAUUGGUGGGACAUCGGCCUCUGCACCUGUAUUUGCUGGAAUCCUCACUCGCAUCAACGAGGAGCGACUGGCCGCUGGCAGGUCCACUGUUGGAUUUGUCAACCCUGUGUUGUACGCUCACCCGGAGGCGUUCUUUGACGUGACCAAGGGGUCAAAUGAAGGUUGCAAGACUGAUGGCUUCCCUGCGACCGAGGGUUGGGAUCCAGUGACUGGAUUGGGUACCCCUAAUUAUCCAGAACUUUUGAGGGUUUUCAUGGGCCAGUAG